AUGGAAAUUCUGAAAGCUGAAAUUGAACGUAAAAGGAAGCAGUUGCAAGAAGUUGAGAACGCCCCUGAAUGUGAAGCACAAGGCGGAAGCCAGGCGGAUGAGUUGACGCAUACUGAGCCGGAGCUAACUUUGCCACGAUCAGAAGUGAUUAAAAGGUUGAGAAGUCGAAGUCAACCGAUAACGCUGUUUGGUGAAACGGAGCAGGAAUCUCAGGCUCGGCUGCGCAGACUUGAGAUCGAACAGCCUGACAUGAAAGAAGGAUGGAAGAACGACUUCCAGACAGCAAUGAAGGAGGUGGACCAUGAGCUGAUCGAAGAAGUAAUCAAAGGGGGCGAAAGCAGUACUGGCAAGCAUGAUGUGGAUAUGUCAGGCACAACAGAAGACGCGAGCUGGGAGAGGAUUGAGGCCAAUGCAAAGCUACUGGGUGAGGAGGAAUGCCCGAGCAGGGAUUGUGAUAUAAUACACGAGUUCUUC